AUGGCCGAUGCAUUGGACGAGCUGGAUCAACACCGCUCGGCUGGUACUCCAGCAGCGGCGAAAGCCCCAUACGCGCCUCGGGCAAGACCAACUGCCUGCCGUAAAUGUCACUUGCGAAGAGUGAAAUGCUCAGGAGGGAAGCCUUGUAAUAACUGUAGACGAGCCAAUGAGGCAGCGGAAUGUGUUUAUCCUCAGAAGGAUAGAUUGGUAAAAGUUAGCCAGCAAUACAUCGAUGACUUGAUUGCAGAGAAUCAGGCACUUCGAAGUCGAGCAUCUUCGCCUAGGCCACGUCAUGGUUCACAGCAUUUGAGCGGUGGAGGGGCAGAUAAAAUCACAGAGCAAACCGUCGCAGUGCCAUCGGCACAAGCUCCAGAGUUGACUAGUACUCCUUGGUUCAUUGAUAUGGCCGUCCCCCAUACUCCCAUCCUACUCUCCGAGGCCUCAGAUUCGGCUUUUGCGACCCGUUUCCGUCAGGCCAUGUCUAGCUCCGAACACUGCCAUUUUCCUCGUGUAAGUUAUCCAGCAGAGGACCAAAUCCUGGCCCUAGGCGACGCUGCUUGCGAGUGGCCUAGCCCGCCGCAAGCGCGUCUCCUAGUGAAUGCUGCAUUGAAGUGUCUUGGGCGUUGGCACCACAUUGUCCGAAGCAGUGUUAUCUUUGAAGAGCUUGAGAAGCUUUUAAAGGAUCCCAGAGCAGUGGGGUUCCUGGUCCAGAGCAAAUUCUGGGCAUUGUUUGCAAUUGGAAAGACAUAUUCGACUCGAACGUCAGCUACUCCUAGAGCUUUCCCAGGUCUAGAAUACUUUGCCAAAGCGUCAAAGGUUCUCCGCGUCAUCAGUGAGCGCCCAACAGUUGAAAUGGUCGAGACGUGUCUUCUUUUGUCUUACUAUUCACUUUUUCUAAAUAGACGACACUCUGCUUAUAGCCUGGCUGGCUCCGCAGUGCGUACUGCUAUUAUCAUGGGACUCCACCUGAAUGUCCCCGAGCCUCUUCUCACGGAUCAGUUUGCACGUGAACAUAGAGUCCGAGUUUGGUGGACUGCCUAUACGUUCGAUAGAAUGUGGGCCACGAAGCUGGGAUAUCCGGUGGCUGUUCAGGACAGUGAUAUCGAUCUCGAUCUUCCAUCAAAUAAGCUCUCACAUAGCGACUUUCCGGAUUGCUCCUAUUCUGUAGCUAUGAUAGGCCUAGCAAGGAUAUCUGGAACUAUACUAAACUCGAUCUACGGCAAGAGUUCUCAGAAGACGGCACUAUCUCAACGAGUUCAUGAUAGCUUGUCCGCACUGCGACAAUGGCUCAAAGAUCUUCCGCCAUCGCUGCAGAUUGACCCAACGAAAAGCAAUAUGGCAGAACAACAGGCAGAAUCUUUACAUUUACGGUUCAAUCAACUCGUGAUCCUUGCCACCCGCCCAAUUUUGCUCCACGUCUUUCGGACACGCUUCAAGGUCCUGGAAACGGGAGACGAGCCGGACAUUCCUGGUUCAGCAAGUACCCUCUCAGAUGCCUGCGUACGAUGUGCGAGACACUCGUACCAGAUUCUCACCGACUCUUGGAUCAACGGAAGGUUUAUGAUGUUUGACUACUUUGAUACACAAUAUCUUUUCACAGCGGCAACAAUCUUGGCGAUCUCGAGUCUGUUGAACCAAAACGACAGUCAAAGUGAUGGGGAGCUUUUUGACACGGCGGCACAAUUUCUCUCACAACUGAAGGAAAAUGGGAAUUUCGUAGCUGCCGAGUUUAAACAACAUGUGGAUGCCAUGAACGUUUUCAUUGCAUCUGAAGAGGCUAAGUUGCAGGAGAGACGCGGAGAUAACACAUCAACACAGCCUCAAAACAAUAGAGGCAUCACAGGCGGUGGCUCUGCCUCGCUGCUUACAUCGCAAGAUGUGGCUGCAGACAUGGUACUAUCAGAACCAUUUUUUCAUGACCUGCUCGAACAGUCGAUUCCUGAUCUAAAUUUUAUCGACGCCUCGUUGAGUAUAGAUGGCACACAGGGACUCUACUGGCCGAUGAUGACCUCCGGAACCGGUUCCGACACGUUUUUCUAA